UUACCUGGUAAAAUAAAAAUAAAAAUUAGGAUAAGUGCUCGUGUGGGUGACUAUUUAUGAAACAGGUGCAGUCGGUGAAAUGGGUAGUCGAGGGCGGUGAAGUCAAAUCCAUGUUGUCUUGUACUCUCUGGACCUACACCAGCCCAGUGACCAGCGCGGUGAAGUAUGGUCAAUUAACUCUCACUGCCUGCACAGUAAGAGGAGGUCCUCAUCCAGCAGUAGAUCGACGACACAUGGCCUGUACAUAUUCGCGUACGGGUUACAACAAUUACAAAUACAAUUAGAAUGAAGGAUUACGUUUUCCCGUUUUAGUCAAGUCGACACCAAUGCUCAUAUCGUGCCAUGACAGAAGCAGUGGAGUAAACUUUGCCAACGGAGCGGCGAUAGGAUUUGGCUAAAAAAAAGAUUGUUUCAUGGUUUAAGCCAUUAGCUGAGUGUUGGCUGCAAAUACUGUACGAGGUUGAAUCCAGCUCAAAUUGCGUGGCCAAUGUGAACGAGAUUCGGUCGUGAAAAGCCACUUCCGCCUCUGUGCAGACCAGUUGCCGUUAUCUCAAUGUUACUGCAUUUCCGUCUGCAGGUCACAAAAAAAACACCACCCACCACCACCACCCUUCUAAGAACCACCCAGUGGCAUUGCGUUGUGAGGACGCAGAGAGUCUGCUGGCCAGCCCAGAGCUUACGGGCUUGCCAAUUCCAUGCCGCAACCUCUGCGCGUUCUCGUUUAAUGGGAAAUAUCAGCAGCGUGUUGGGAAGUGGACUUCGUUGAGGCCCGAACUAAAUGACAUUCGUCAAAGCCCAAAGCAGCAUGGCUUCCAAUCGGGCUGAGUGGCCCAUCCCGCUGCGCCACAUCAGCGCGCAGCACCUGCUCACGAUGCCGGGGGACGCCACCACGUUCGGAUACCUUCACAAGAAGGCCGAAUCUUCUCUCACCCUCAACCGAUGGCAACUGAGAUUCACGGUUCUGUACCGUGGCUGCAUUUACUACUACAAGUCUUGCUCGUCCGUCUACCCGCAGGGUGCCUUCUCCCUGCGAGGGUACAACAGAGUCCUCCGCGCUCCAGAGGAGUUUGGCUCCCACGCCAUCUAUCCUUUCAAGUUGAUGCACAUGUGCAAGAAUCGACGCAAGUGGUACUUCUCGGCAGCGAAUGAAGAGGAACGCAAGAAGUGGAUGGGAGCCAUCAGGAAUGAAAUUAAGGAGCAGUGUAUCAUCACCGAGUUCUAUAAGAGCAGCAGCAGUCGGCCUGACAGCCCGAGUGAGGUGGACAGUUUCUACGGGUCUGUGGAGCGGCCUGUUGCCAUCAGCCUGAGCAGGGACGGUGGCCUGCAGCUCCUUGGCACCAAUAAUGGGGAUUUUGAAGAACCGGAUGAUGAUUCUGAAGACGUGGCACACGACGCAAGCCAUGCCUCCAAUGGCACAUGCUGGUGCUGCUGCUGCUCAGCUCAAGCAGCGCUGCCAGAGAGCGAAUACCCCACACCGCCCAGACGCUACGAGUCUCUCAAGAACUCCCUGUCUCCCGGCUACCCGUUCGAGGUGUGUGGCCAGGUGAGGGAGGAGCUCCCCACGAGCAGCUCCAAGCAGAGGACAUCAAUCCAACAGCAGCACUCGCCCCGUCCAGUCAGGUCUGUCGCAACGACAUCGAAAUGGGCGAUGGAGAUGAGGGACAUCAUGCCUGAAGACAUGUUCUUUUUGACGUGUGAUGGUGCCAUGGUCGAAAGUAAAAUCAAGUUCAGUUCUCCCAGGGAUGGACUCUACUGUGUGCGGGAAUCUUCUCAUGCUGGACAGGUCCUCAUGGUGUGGGAUGAAAAUUCCCAGAAGAUAAGAAACUUCAAGAUAUAUCAAGAGGGUCCGAAGAUAUGGCUGGAUAAUAAGUUGCGCUUGCACUUCAAGACCUUGCAGGAGCUCAUCUUCUACUACAUGGAGCACGUGCUGCCCAACCAGCCAGAGCUCAGGCUGCAGUACCCCUACCAAGCUCAUGGAGGCAACGCUCUGGGACAGCUUGCAUGCUACUGUGCAGAAUGUACCGACGGUAACUCCCUGUGACCUGGCUGGAGUAGAGCUGUCCACACCCUGGUGUAAUACGGCGGCGGCGGUACAAGCUCCAUCUAACCCGGCCAGCGGCGGCGUCAUUCAAUGAAGAACUUAUUCGGAAAACUUACCACUCAAACUAACUCUUCAAAAUUCCCGUUCCAGCAGACUAAUCAAACGUGUCAUGUAAACUUGCUAUCCAAACUUACUCUUCAAGCUUACCAAUCAAACUUGCUAUUCAAACUCACUAUCCAAAGCUUACUAUUCAAACUUAACAUUAAAACUUAGCCUUUAAACGUAAUAUUAAAAAUAACCGUCGGUGAAUAUUAAUUUGGAUUGGGAUCCAGCUGUUAUCUGGCCAUGAGUUUCACUUUACGGAAAGUCUGUUAACUUAAAGUGGAUUAAUUCCACUUGUUUUUUCUAUCAAAUGAAUUGUUUUACAAGGCUUCGUGAUACCAUUAAGUGCUUGUAGCCUUUGUAGGCAUGUGGUGGUUGUAUAUUUGUGUUAAUGAUGUAUGACUAAAAUAUUUUAGUCCCGAGUCAAGCCUUCAAAUAGCAGGACAUUUGAUGAGUACUGUAACACAUUUUAUUUUCAUAGACCUGCUAUCUACAUUCUACAUAUUCUGAAUAAACAUCUCUCUCAUUUAAUCUCUAUACACCUUAUCUCUAUUCCUGGCCAUGAGCAAAUUGACCUGGAAUGUGCCAGAUCUUGUCAAUCUCAGAAACGCUAAGCAGAGUUAUCCUGUAAAGUGCUUGGACAGGUGACCACCAUGAAAAACAGACGUUUUAGGUUGUGGAGCGACACAGUGAGCAGCAGCAGUGCAAAUAACAUCCACUCUUGUACUGUUAGUAAGUACUAUACUUCUUUGCUCCCCAUAUACAUGCCCCCUACCUUAACUUUCAAAACUAUUCGGUGAUGCUGCUGCGUUGGGAGUGGAACACACGCACAAAUGAUAACAAACUCACCUUCUUCCUUGGUUCUUUCGGUAAAGUCACGUAGAAUGAGAAUAAAAUAAUACAUUGAUAAAAUAAAAUAACACAAUAAAAUUCUCACGACGUUUCGGCCACAACACAAGCGGCCUUCAUCAGGUGAAGGGACGAGACUGUCUGAGCGCUGUCCACCUUCAUCAAUGACACUGUCUUUUGAAGGGCCACUGCCCGAAACGCCACUUAUUAUAUAUAUUUUUUUCUCUCGAACCAGUAUUGUAAAGUAUAGUUAAAUAGUAGUGCACAAGUAUAACAAUUAUGAAUGCAGUACAUCCUAUAGUUUUUCUUCCCAUCUCUGCCCCUAUACCUCUCUUCUCUAUGCGUUAUGAAGAGCUCUCCUAUCUCGUAUCAAUGCAGUGCAAAUAUCGCCUAGAAUUUACCUUCUUAUUUGAAUACAUUUCAAUCGUCAUCAUUUUCUCUAAAUUAAAUGCAUAUCUUCUCUUUCCUGUGAAUACAUCUAUCUCGCAUGUCUUCUGAAUGCAUCUCUUAAUAAUAUUUUAAACAAAUAUAUAUCUCUCCUCCUGGCUCAGGAAGUUUUCUAAACUAAAGCAAAACUAAUUGUAUUUUUUCUUUUACCAGGUAAGGCCCCACUGAGCUUUAAAGCUCUUUUUCCGAAGCGACCUAGCUAUCACAAAUAAUAGCUCAACAAAGUGGUUUAUCACGUGAAUAUUUAUA